ACAUGACAUCAGGAAGCAACAUGACAUCAGGAAUGAACAUGACAACAGGAAGCAACAUGACAUCAGGAAGCAACAUGACAUCAGGAAGCAACAUGACAUCAGGAAGCAACAUGACGUCAGGAAGCAACAUGACAUCAGGAAUGAACAUGACAUCAGGAAUGAACAUGACAUCAGGAAGCAACAUGACAUCAGGAAGCAACAUGACAUCAGGAAUGAACAUGACAACAGGAAGCAACAUGACAUCAGGAAGCAACAUGACAUCAGGAAGCAACAUGACAUCAGGAAGCAACAUGACAACAGGAAGCAACAUGACAUCAGGAAUGAACAUGACAUCAGGAAGCAACAUGACAUCAGGAAGCAACAUGACGUCAGGAAGCAACAUGACAUCAGGAAGCAACAUGACAUCAGGAAUGAACAUGACAUCAGGAAGCAACAUGACGUCAGGAAGCAACAUGACAUCAGGAAUGAACAUGACAUCAGGAAUGAACAUGACAUCAGGAAGCAACAUGACGUCAGGAAGCAACAUGACAUCAGGAAUGAACAUGACAUCAGGAAGCAACAUGACAUCAGGAAGCAACAUGACAUCAGGAAGCAACAUGACAUCAGGAAUGAACAUGACAUCAGGAAGCAACAUGACAUCAGGAAGCAACAUGACGUCAGGAAGCAACAUGACAUCAGGAAUGAACAUGACAUCAGGAAUGAACAUGACAUCAGGAAGCAACAUGACAUCAGGAAGCAACAUGACAUCAGGAAGCAACAUGACAUCAGGAAGCAACAUGACGUCAGGAAGCAACAUGACAUCAGGAAGCAACAUGACAUCAGGGAACAUGACCUCUGGAGGUACCACCAUGGCCCCAACAACAGCACCAUUUACAGUCAACACCACAGUUGCAAAUCUUACAAUUUCUCUAUCAAGGACUGGUUGUCGAUCCAGUCGACUCUGUGUGGCUGAACCCAGCAACUGCGACCCCUCCACUGCAGGAUCAUGUUUCUUUGUUUCUACAAUGCAGCAGAGUGGUCGAGACUUCCAACUUCGGCUUUCAGGAGAGUCAGAAGGCUACAUUGCUGUCAUCUUUUCAGAUGACACUACGCUGGGAGGAAACGAUACAACCUACAUCUGUGCUAACAACAACAGUGCUGUUCAGUUCAUUGGUGCUUUGUUCAACAAUGGCACACUGACUGAGACAAUGCUGGAUGUGAGCAAUGUGAGUGGAAGAGUCAGUGGAGGAACAAUCGAGUGCAUCUUUACGGUCAGAGUACCAUCAUCCAAUGUGAACAGAAUGACACCAACAACAAGCUCCUCACUGAGUGUCGCCACAGGAACUUUCGAUCCUGUUUCUGGGGCUUUGGGAAUCCCGACACCCAGAGUCACAUCCAAUGUUGUAAACCUCGCUGAUUCCAAUGCAACUGUGACCAACCUGGCGGCCAACUCUACCAGCGGCAACACCACGACCAACACCACUACCACCGCCCCCAACACCAACCCCCCCGUCACCACCGCCGCCUCCAACACCAACCUCCCCACCACCACCAACACUACCACCAAUACCACCAACACUACCACCACCAUGGCCCCAUUUACAGUCAACACCACAGUGGCAAAUCUAACAACGUCUCCCUCAAGGGCUGGUUGUGGAUCCAGUCGGCUCUGUUUGGCUGAACCCAGCGACUGCGACCCCUCCACUGCAGGAUCGUGUUUCUUUGUUUCCGCAAUGCAGCAGAGUGGUCGAGACUUCCAAUUUGAGCUUUCAGCACAAUCAGAUGGCUACGCCGGUUGCGUGCUGUCAGGUGACACCACGCUGGGAGGAAACGACACGUCCUACAUCUGUGCUAACAACAACGGCACUGUGCAGUUCAUUGGUGCUUUGUUAGACAAUGGCACACUGACUGAGACAAUGCUUAAUGUGAACAAUGUGAGUGGAAGAGUCAACGGAGAAACCAUCCAGUGCACCUUUACGGCUCGAAUUCCUGAGUUUAUUAUGGACAGAGUGCCUACUUUGUUCAGAAUGACACGAACAACAAGCUCCUCAGUGAGCGUCAUUACUGGACCUUUCAAUGCCUCUAAUGGGACUUUGGGAACUCCGACGGCCAGAGUCACAACCAAUAUUGUAAACCUCACUAAUCCCAAUGCAACUGUGACCAACAUGGCUACAAACUCCACCAAUACCACCACCACCACCGCCGCCCCAGCAACCACUGCUCAUGGAGUUACUGUCCACUAUUCACUCAUGCAGUCUCUGCUCAUCACUUUGAUCGUUGUGGGUUUGGCCACGCUUUGAGGAGAAUGACAGCCGUCAUGCAUCAUGGAAAAAUAAUGACCUUCCUUUUUCUACAAAUGUUCAACUGAUUAUAAACUCCUUCAAACUCUAAAGGAUGUUGGCUACUUCCAGAUUUUUAGAUUCUGAGAUCCUGUGGAAAGACCAACCUUUAACAGGUUUCUGGCUGCUUUCACCAUUCAUUGCCUGAAAUGAUCACAUAGACAGACUAAGAUGCCAUCAUAACUUCUGUUGCUGAAUUUUAACAGCUUUUACAUGCCAACACAAGUUUUCUUUAAUCUGUCAUACUAAUUUACAAUGUUUUUGUCACUUCCUCAAGACAAGCAGACAAGCAGUUUUCCGCAUUCUUGAUGUUCCUUGCAGUGAUGUCUAGAAAAGUCAGACAUGCAUUCCACACUUUAAACAUCAUAAUCUUACAUGGUGUAGUGUGUUGUGUAUUUAGUUUUUAUGGAUAAUUUUAUUUGUGUGUCUACAAUGAAGCCAUCAUCGGCCGAUGUUCUUUAAGUGUGUAAUUAUGAAUGAUUAAAUGCAGAUGGAGAGGAGCACUAAAAGAUCCUUUCACAUGAAAGCAAAUAUUAGUAAAGUUCAUUUGUACGCACCAUUCUGUCACAAUGAAGAUGUUAUUUCAUAUUUCUUUCAAUAAAGUUAUUUAAA